AUGAUUGUGAAUCCAUCUCUACCCUCGAAGAGGGGUCAAUCCAAUAUCACUCGUGAUUUGAUGAUGGAUCUAAGUCGUGAAGCUGAGGCCAUGUCACCAUACAAUCGUCAAACUGCACCUAACGGGCUGGUGGACUUGACGAGCUCAUUAAAUGAUCUGAUGCAAAAUGAGAUGCGAUCAUUUAUUUUGAGCCUGAAUUUGCAACCGGAAGACUCGACUAUCAUGUUCACUACUGAUAAGAGAUGA